AUGUCAAAUAAAGAAUAUUAUAAAAAAAUGAAAAUAUUAGGUGACGCUAUGAAAGAAUCUGGUGAUUUAAAAAGUUAUCAAAAUCAUUUUCGUUUAACAACAACAAAUAUAGAAGAUAUUAUUGAAAAAUAUUUAAACAAAGAAGAAAAAGAUUUCUAUAUUGAGCAUCAUGGUCUAGAUGCCUUAAAAAAAAAUAAUGAUAUUAAACAAUUUAACAAAACAUUUUUAACUAAUUUUGCAAACAAAUUUCUAAGUGGUUCUUAUCAUGAUAGAAUUUUAGCAAAACUUGAAACACAUGUUUUCACUUCUUAA